ACUUUUGUUGAUAUUCUGUGAAAAUGGAUAUGACAAUCAGAGAGCGAACGAAAUCUAAAAACUCUCUCACCUGUUUAAUACAGGCACUUGAAGGUAAAGUUACCACAAUUGAACUUCGAAAUGAGUCUGAAGUGUAUGGUGAAAUAGAGAGUGUUGAUGGGUACAUGAACGUUCAAAUGAAACAUGUUGAAUUUACGGACCAAGAUGGCAACUGUUCGUUCCUGGAGAAUCUACACGUUCGUGGACGCAACAUUCGAUAUGUUCACAUCCCAGAUGAUGUCAAUAUUCUGGGUUCGAUUAGGAAACAACUCGGUGCCAUUGAACGAUCUUUUGGAGGACGGCGUAACCGAGGAGGUCCAGGUGGUAGAAAGCCAAGGCAAGGUCAGGUGGGCAACGACAGAUGACUCGAUGAUGAAGUACUGCGAAAGAAACAUUUGUCUCUUCAAGCUAAUACUGUACAAUGCAAUAUACAAGAUAAAAUAUAUUUUCUCCAAUAAAAAAAAACCCAAGAAAUUAGAGAGAACUGUAAGAAGUAUAUUACAAGAUGCAUUUUAAGAUUACUAUGCAUACAGACUAGCGAUGAUGAUUAUGGUCUAAAAAAAACAUUCCGAUCAUGAGAUGUCUGAAUUUUUGGAUUGAAAACAAAAAUUUUGUGGUGGAUGUCAUGACUUUGUUUUGCUAGGUUUUUCUGACUGACGGUGAUGUUUCUCUGUUAUGUUCCAUGAUACUGAUUUUUGAUAACAUUUAUUAUUAUUUUAUGUAUGAUAUUUUUUGUUAACUAAUUAAAUUAAAUAGAGUAGAUAUUUGUGCUUGAAAUUAUAGAAUUAUAAAUUUCAUGUUACAGCUGUAGAGAAUAAAGCUUUACAAUACAGUAUAUAUUGUUGUACCUCAGUGGUGGAUCUUAUAACUGUGUGCUGGUGAUCAGGUGUUACUGGGGUUGGUCAGUACUGUAUAAUUCCAAGGAUUAUCAUGCAUCUACUAAUAAAUCAAAUUGCAAAUUCA